GUAGCUUAGAUGCGCCAAAGACAAACUUCAAAAAUAUAGGGUGUUCCUAUGAGAUAUUAGAAGAGGACUGCGGCUUAAAACUCAUAUCUACCCAGAUAAUAAUUCAUCCUUAAGGAUUCGUGACGUUGUGUCCUCAAAAAUUCUCUAGCCACAACUCACGCUCCCUCCUUCACCAACAUCACCACUCUUCCCUUGUCAAGCAGAACACGUACGCAAGCAUGGCACAACAAUCCGGAAUGGUCGAUCCGGCCGUAUUUCAAGAUCUUCAGGCGCGCGUGGAUGAGGACGCUGCCGUGCGAGACGAAUUGAAAGCUUUCGCGCAGACUUUGGAGAAGCAAACCCGCAAUCUUUCAUUCGUUCUCUCUCGCGCUCAUUCGACACCGAUCGCCAAUCUUUCUACCGUACUCGAAGCUGCCGAAACCCCAAUUCAGAAUGUCGUAGAGACCAUCGGAAAGCUUUCUGCAUCCGCGUCCAAGGUGCCCUACUACAAGUUCAACAACACCUGGACGCGACAGACUCAGGAUGCAACAUUCAACCUUCUGCUCUGGGGAUGGCUGGGCGGCUAUCAACGAGAUGCCGGCCAGGUGAAGAAUGGACGUCUUCUGACCAUUGAGGAAGUCGGUCAGAUAUUGAACAUUCCUGUCAAUCUGAAGGACCGAGAUUCCUUCCAUCUUACUAUCGAGGAGUAUCUUCACGCUUUGGUCUCGCUGGUUGAAGAACUAUCACGCCUCGCCCGCAACUCAGUCACUCUUGGAGACUACGAACGCCCUCUUCUCAUCAAUCAAUUCGUCAAGGACUUACUUGCAGGCUUCCAGAUCUUGAACUUGAAGAACGACAGCCUGAGACGCAGGAGCGACGGCCUUAAGUACAAAGUGAAAGAAGUAGAGGAUGUUGUCUAUGAUAUUUCUCUGAGGAACCUUGUGCCGGCCAAGGGAGGAGAGAACUAAUGGUUUCCAGUGAUGAGCAAUUGCUACCAUGAUGGCCUGCUCUACUGUGACCCGCAUCUGUGGCGCUUGCCGAUUUCUGAGAGCUACACUUGGGAGGCACAGAAUGCAAGUGGAAAGCAUGAUGAACGAGAUAGAUGAAUAAAAAGCAUAAACAUGUUUUCAAUUAUCCUC